UCAACAGUAUUAUUCUGACACACAGAAUGUGGAGAAACAAGAUCUCCUCUGUGCAAUGUGCGUUCUAUUCUUCUCACGCCUCCAUUCACAUUCAAUUGCGUACUUCCUUUCAUUCUCAUUGGAUUUAGACACCUGGAUUCAGAGUGCUCGUCGUGUCUGCCUGCAAAUUUAGGAUUUUUUUCUGCACUCGGGAAUUUACUAUCACAAUCAAUUCUCCAAUAGAUAAGUGCCCAAAUUUAAAAUUCGAAAUUAUGAUCAGUCCAUCACGUGAUUGCUUGCUCAAUUUUCUUUUAAUAGACAGUAAGCUUUAUCUUGGUUUCUCUUUUUAUCUUCUAAAUUCUAGCUGAGAGAGAACUCAUUCUGCAAGUUUCUUAUUUUAGAUUAUUUAAGAAGAAAACAGAAUAAAAAACAAUGAGAUUACAAAGAGAGAGUUUGAUUUUAGAAAAAACUCAGUAGUAUUGAAAUGGUGAUGAAGACAGUUAAAUUGUGAUAAAUAAUCUUGAUGAUAGAUCAUGGAGUAUAAUCUGAAACAUUGAUGACAUAUUUAUUAAGUCAAAUACAGAAGCUUUCAAAGCUUUUAAGAAAUUCAAUAUCACUGCUUUCUAAUUUCUUACUUAGUAUUCUGAGAAUACCCAAUGGGAAGCUUCCCAUGAAAACAUCCGCAAGGUAGUUCCAAUUCUACUUCCUCUCCAACAGCUGCAAAUUAUAAGUAAUAGGCUUCAACAUUCUUACAUGACACCCCUAUAAACAAACUACUGUGAAUAUUAGGUUAUGCCUGUUACAGACCUCAACUAGAAUUAAGGUAAUUCCAUAAUCUAACAUACGUGCAGGCUCCUGGCAAUGUCCAUAUGAAUUUUGUGCACACAUCAAAUCUCAUGGAUGUCUGUUUGAUUUAGGGCAAUCACAGGCAUUUCAAAAUUAUGCUCCACUGUUGAAGAUCUUAUUGACUCUUCUUCAGAAAUCAUGUUUUAUCAGUCACCCACCUCUUUUUUUAAAGCCUAGACUGCAUGCAUUUUUUUUGAAGUGUUUUGAAUUGCUACAGAUAUUGCCUAUUCUUUCAUACGCCCUUAGUUUGUACUUUGUUGGAAUAUUGAUGGUAGAGUCAAGAACUACUAAAAUUAUCUGCUUACCUGUUUUGAAUUGCUACAGAUAUUGCCUAUUCUUUCAUACAUAUUUAGUUUGUACUUUGUAAAAAUAUUGAUGGCAGAGUGAAGAACUAUUAAAAUUAUCUGCAUUCCAAUCACUUGAGGUACGAAAUCUGAAAUAUCACUGAAGCAAACCUUGUUCCCAAUGCCAUUAUACAACACAGGAACAGUUCUAACUUCAAUAAGUUUAGUGUUUAGGCAAAUCUCUGUCAAUCAUAAUGAAUUAAUUGCCAGGAUUCCCCUGUUUCAUCCAGACUCUCAAGUUAUCUUGAUGGGAUGCAAAAGUGGGAAAAUGAAGAAGACUUCUCCUGUUCUGCAUAGGUUGGCUACAUGAGUUCACAGUUGGUCCAAAACUCGCAAUGCCUGCAUCCAUACCUGGACCCAAAUACAAGUAGUCAGAUGCACUUUGGUACAUGAAUUCUGAAUUUUAUUAGUAUGAUGCGCUAUUGAAAGUGACAGAAUGAAAUUUCAACUUGAAACUACCUGCUCUCUACUGGUCUCUUUUAUAACCUCAUUUAUAUACAAAAGUGAUAAAUAAUCACUUGCAACUUUUUUAAGAAAUUAAUGUUUGACUAGUGUGUGUAAUGUUUUUUAUAUAGAAAAAUGUAAAUUUCUUAAGAAAAGUCAAUAAAACAUACACAAUUAAAAUCAAACAUAAUCAUACACACUGUGGAAAACCCAUGUCAACUACUCAAAAAUAAAAAAUAAAAAAAAUGGAAAACUCAUACCAACUACUCCAAUAAAAAGCAGGGGAAAACUCAUACCAACUACUCCAAAUGAAACUUCAUUUUAUAAUGGGUUUUGCACAGCAAAUGCAUUGCAGUUAUAUAAGUUGCUUGCAUCAGAUAAUAUAGAUCUUUGUUGCUCCCAGCAAGAAGAAGCUGUUCAAUGAAAUUUAAAAUUUCAGGCUUUGUAACAUUGAACAGAAUCAAUGACUUUCUCAGAGUAGAACCAGAGCAUGUUGGAUUUUUAUGAUGGGACUUAUUCCAUUAAAGAAAUCAUGUCAGAUAACAGUCAAAUCUUUCAGUGAUGGGAAAUCAGUAGACAAUAGUGGAGGUGGUGGAUGAUGGUAGCUUAGUUAAGGGUCCUUCAAUUGGCAUCACUUCAGAUUGUAAUCUGGGUAGCAGCUCUCAUCUUAAGCCUUUAGUGAUGCUGUCUCAUUUUAAGUAAGAUGUUACUAUGCUGGAACGGUAUAAGGACAUGGAGAUGUUAAAGAGUGCAUUAAAACCUUGCAUUUGAAAGACAACCUGCCAAUAGAGGCUGAUAAAAUCUUGGUUCCUGGUAAACCUUCUUAUGAGUACUGUGGCCUGGCAGGUGGUAUGGAACGAAAUUUUAAAGAGAAUACAACAGCUCCUCUUCUCAAAAACAUGAAGAGUGGAAAGAUUUUUCAGAAUAAAGCUCUGCAUUUUGAGAAAGAGGACUGGUCCAAUUUGGCAAAAUGGUCUAGUUUAGGAGUGGCAGCAGGUGGCCUGACCGUUCAUUCUGAAAGAGAAACAUCCUUGCCCUUGUCAACCUUGGAAUUGUCCACCUCACCUUUCUCUUCUAGUAGAAAUGAAGGGGAACUGUUUUCUUUUCAUCCUUCUCUGGAUUCAUCGGAUGCUACUUGGAGUUCGAACUUGAUGAACAAAUCGUCCUUAGAUAAGAUAUUAGAAAAUCAGGAUAUAUCUACAGAUUGUUUAGGGAAUGGUCACAAAGAAACAGUAAGAACAUGUCAUAUUGAUGCAGACAAUGGAAAUCUUGAAAGUAGGUCUUCUUAUAUUCCGCUUUGGAGCCCAGAAAUAUGGGCCAGAGCCAGAAAUGUUAAAAGCAAAUAUUCUGUAUCUGCUUCCCCUGGAGCCAUCUAUCCUACAUCAAAAAUAGUUAGUAAUGUAUUCAAACCAUCUGAAAAUCAGUCAAAUGUAGCUUCAGAAGUUGGAGUUCCACGCAAGCCGGUCUCGUAUGCCUCAAAAAAAUAUAAGACGCUUUUUGCCCCAAAUCAAGAAAAGAUUUCUGAAAAUCUUUUAGUUUCUGUCAAAGAAUCGAGCGAUAGUCAUUUAACCACGUCAACUUCACCAUCUCAAGCAUCUCUCUCACAGGGUCUUAUUCAUCGUGUGCGCAAGAAUGGCCUUCCCUAUUAUACUUUUUCCUUGAAUGAAUCUUAUCAGGUUCUGGUAGCAAAGACAUGGAAAGCAAAGAGUACUGACAGAGAAGAUUUGGACUGGAUGUAUACAUUUCACUCUAGCCAUGAUAAUAAGAAAACAAGUAACAAGAACAGAUGGGUAUCUUCAGUGAUAGAGGACAAGAACGCACUCGAUCUUGUGGGGCGGAUGAGAGUCUCCAGUUCAUCGUUACCUCCUGUUGAGAGUUUCAGCAGCUCACAAGAUAAUGUCCAAACUGAGUUUGUUCUGUUCAGUGCAACUGCAGACAUAGAACCCGCCAAUGGGACUCCUAGAACACCAACAAGGCUGGAAGAGAAGAGCAUUUUUUAUCCUGAUCAGUCAUUUCGCUCGACUACUUUAAGUAUAAAUUCCUCUGUUUUGUCUCCGACAUCAACAACCUCCCUUCUUCCUGUUUCCAGCCUCCUCCUUCAAAUGCCUUAUCCAGGACAUAUGGUGCACGUACGUGACUUGAAAAAGUCGAGGUUUGAUAAUUCACGGCAAAAUUCUUUCAAACCACAAUCUGUGGAUGAAAAUACAGCUACAGAGGAAAACUAUUUCAACUCAGAUAUGUCAGAAUUAGCAGCUAUAGUGAUCUCUACCCCUUCCUCACAGUCACAAAGUGUGAAAGGAAGAAGUGAAAAAGUUGCUGUCUCAAAAGUUUCAGGGGGAUGGGGUUUAAAAUUUCUUGAGAAAAGUUGUGCGGGUUCAACUCCAAAAGUUGAACUUGAUUGCAAAGAAGAAAAACCUGAAUCUUGCAAUUCACAGUGCAGCAACAUUUUAGUAUCAGGUUCUCCUCCAAGCAGAAAUAGAUGCAACAUUGAAGAGCCAGAGGAUCCCUUAAUUUGUGCAGAGAAAAAUCAGACAAGUGUGACAGCGAUAGUGCCAGCAGAUGUACAUGGUUUGCCAUUAACCGAUUCAAGCCGUCCUUCAUCUUUGAUUGAAAGAUGGCGACUUGAUGGGAAGUGUGAUUGUGGCGGAUGGGAUAUUGGUUGCCCAAUAACCCUUUUUCAUGGCCAGAAGCAGAAUAGAAAUGAAUUUAUUAUGGCUGAUCCAAUGAUAGAUGUUUGUCAUUCAUCAUUUUUGCUUUUUAAGGGAGGAAAACAAAAUACCCCUGCAUUCACAAUAGAACCUGUUGAUGAGGGUCUCUAUAUUCUUUCCUUCCACUCACAGCUAUCAGCUUUACAGGCUUUCUCUAUUUGUGUGGCUUUAAUGCAUGUUGGAGAUCCUGUUAUGAAUGAAUCAAGGAAGUCAUUGAAAGACAUUGAUUGAGGGGACACCUAAUGCUUUCUGAAUCAUACACCUCUUCCACCACUGGGGGAUCAUUAUUAACAUUGUGAAGUGGUUUAAUGCAGACCUGGUAGCCAAUGUAGCUAUUGAUUUAGUCAGCACACGUGUAUAAAUAUAGAGAUCAAAAAAGGAAUGAGUGAACUAUCUUCUGCCAAUGCUGGUAUUUUUCAAACGCACUCCUUGAUAUUUUAUCAAAUUACAUUUGUGCCAGGCUGUGGAUUUCUUUGAAUUGUUAGAUUGUUAAGUGAAACAUGUUCUGUACUGUUAUGAAAGUAGCUUUAAAUAACCUCUCCCGCUACAAGUUUUGUCAGCCAUUCUCAUUCUCGCAAGGGUAAAAGCUAAAGAGGCAUUAGAACCAGAGCAAUCAGAAGCCAUGGGAUCCACAUAGCCGUUGGCUCUUUGUGCUCCAGCUAACAGGUCCAAUUAUUGGUCUUGUGCUCUCAUUAACAGGUCAACCUUCUUUGUAUUCUCACCUGCAGGGGCAACUACUGUAUUGGCUCUUGUGUAAAAUUACUGUGCCUAUUUAUAUGGGCAUAUGUUUAAAGGUUGGGCAUAUGCUUAAAGGUGAAGUGAAACUGUAUUGGAGAAGAGUUGAGUUUUUCUGAUAGUAAAAUUUUUUUAUUGCA